AUGCGCAACAACCGGUCAUCUGAAUUGGACGUUGGAACAAGGGGAUCUGUUCUGUUCUCAGAUGAGACCAGAAUAUGCAUCCAUGGUAGCGACCGAAGAAGGAAAGUGUACCGAAGACCAAGAGAGCGAUUUGCAGAUUGCUGCUUUGAAGAGCGGAGUGCUUAUGGUGGUGUUUCCUGUACGAUCUGGGGUGCAAAUUCUAUAGGAGCACAAACUGACCCUGAGUUCAUUCGUAGGGACGACCGUUUUCACGGAAGAAGAGGCUUGACGGCUGCUAGAUAUAUCGAGGAGAUGUUAGCAAUUCAUGUGGUACCUUACGACGACUACAUUGGAGACGAAUUUACCUUUAUGCAUGACAAGGCAACGUCGCACACGGCAAGAAUCGUGCAAGAUUACAUUGUGGAAGUCUGUUUUCGGGUUAAGCAGUGGCCAGCAUACAGUUCUGACCUAAACCCGAUCGAAAAUUUAUGA